AUGGUUCUCCCAGCCCAGGAUGUGCAGACCCGCAACCUCUUCGAUCAGAAGAAGUUCUGGGUCUCACAACAAGUCCCUCAGCGCACAAUGUUGAAAGCUAGUAUCAGGAGCCAUGGCGGCACGGUCGUGCUGGACGAGAAAGAUGCAGAAAUCAAAAUAGUCGAUCAUAGGAAAAAGAAUCUCCCCGCUGAUUCGUACUCCUAUCAAUUUGUGGAACGCUCCGUGCAGAAUGGGAAACGCGAAGAUCUCGAGCCUUAUCGGGCUGGUCCUUCGGCCCAAAGACCUGUGGGCGCAUCUAACAUUCCCAAAAAAACCACCCGAUUGGAGUAUACCUUGAAGGACGACCAAAUUCUCUAUGACUGGGUGCACCCCUAUGAAUUAGACAAUGCAGGAGUUUCGGGGAACUCCAUCUACAAGGCACUCGCAGAGAAGUACCCACAUCAUACAUAUCAAUCAUGGCGCUCUCGAUAUGUCAAAAUUCUCCGUGGGGGCCCUCGCCCUGGUGGUGGAGAGCCGAAACCAGACUUGUCUAUCGGACAAGGGCCCCGUUUGCCACUACACCCUGCCGCAGAACCAGCACUAGAACCAAAGCCAGCAUCAUUGCGCGUUCCCGCAGAAUUAAAUCAGCGAGUCCUUCCUAAGUCUCCUACGUCAAGGCCAACUGACUUAGGUUACGCCAAAAGGAAGCGGAAAUUCACCAGUGAAUCGCCUUCACGCCGGCGUAGUGAAAAGGGUGCGUCUUCUCCCAAGAGAAGAUUAAUGAAAACAUCGGACGCUAUGGAUUCCAUGGCUCUUACUGUUUCCAACAACAGUGGUUUAAAACCGCGCGGUUCACAAAUGCGGUUAUCUAGUCCCUUGUCAAGUCCCGCGAUGUCUUCACAAACCAGUCAGCCCCAACAAAAUCCCCCGGAGGCUAUCACUACUAGGCAACCGGCACAUUCACAAAAUGAAACAGAGCCAGAGCAGAAUGAAGCUACCCAACCUCAAAAUAAGGCCAACGUUGUGGUGAAUCCACUAUUUCUGGAGAUGCCGUUUUUUCCAUCGACUCCAGAGCCAGAGCAAAACCUGGCUACCCAAUCUCAGAAUGAGACUGAUAUAAUCAACGCCCUACUUUGGGGAAAGCCAACUCCACUGGCUAGUCCAAAUCCAGAGCAGAUUCAGGCAGUCCGAUCUAUUAAUGAGAUCAAUAUUGCCAACGCUCUACUUCUGGAGAUGCCAUUUCACCCAUCCAGCCCAGAGCCGGAGCAAGAUGAGAACGAAAGAGGAAAUGAGGACGAUCAAGAAAUUUAUCCAGACAUUGACAGCUGGAUUGACGCUCGGCUAGCCCGGGGCAAUGUGGAAUUGCGAAUCAUACUUGAUGUAUUGCAACGCACAAGCAUGAAUACAGAAUACGCCGACAAGCUGCUAGAGCAAUUCGCAGCUGGAAAGGGUAUUCCCCAUGAUAUGCCGGGAGUAUGGACGAUGGAGGACGAUAAAUGCCUUCAAGGCGGAGAUCAGCAUGACAUUGAACGUUUAUUCAAGAAACACGGCGAAGAAUUAUGCGAGGCUAGAUUUGAAUUCUUAAGGCUAAUGAGUGACUAG